UUUAUUUAUUGAUAAGGUUUCCUAGCAUUAUUCUUAUCACUUCUGACUGACAUCUCAGCUUUCAAGAUUUAAAAGAUUUUUUUUUGGGUUAUUAUAAGUUUUAGCGAACUAUAUUUAAAACAAAAUGCACUGCAAUAAGCCAAUUCCAUUUGACGAAACGUUAUUGGAGGACUGCUAUGUUGAAUGUAGCCAAGCUAUUUUGAGAGCAAAAAACAUCAUAUUGAGAGGUCAUGUUAACAAGGAAGAAGAACCAAUAUGGGCAUUAAAAGCACUUACACUAACAGAUUUAACAACACUGGCUGGUGAUGAUACUAAAUCAAAUGUUGCAAGACUUUGUCAAAGAGCUGCAAAUCCCUUUACUUUAAACACUUUAAGCAAAAUCGAUUCCAAUAUACGUCCGAACAUUCAUGCAGCAGCUGUUUGCGUUUACCCAGCUCGUGUUUCUGAUGCCUUUGAUAGUUUAAAAUGCCUAAAAAAAUUAAAUGUGAUUCAAAUCGCAGCUGUAGCAACUGGAUUUCCUACGGGUCAAUAUCCUUUAAUAUCAAAACUCCAAGAAAUUGAAUACGCUAUAUCAAAAGGUGCUACAGAAAUUGAUAUUGUGAUUGACCGAAAUCUAGCAUUGAAUGAAAAUUGGGAAAAACUUUACAAUGAGUUAGUUGAAAUGAGAAAAAUAUGUUCCAACAAGGCUCAUAUGAAAACUAUUUUGGCCGUAGGAGAGCUUGGCACUAUGACUAAUGUGAAAAAAGCAUCAAUGGUAGCGAUGAUGGCGGGAUCUGAUUUUAUUAAAACAUCUACAGGAAAAGAAAGUGUAAAUGCCACCUUGCCUGUCAGUCUUGUUAUGAUAGAAGCUAUUCAAAAAUUCCAUAGAAAAACUGGUAUAAAAAUUGGUUUUAAGCCAGCGGGCGGCAUAAAAUCUGUUAGAGACGCAAUUAAUUGGAUGAUCUUAGUUAAAGAAACUUUAGGAAUGGAAUGGUUAAAUCCAAACUUGUUCAGAUUUGGCGCAUCCAGCCUUUUUGAUGACAUCGAAAAGUGUAUACUUUCCGCAUUCGAAUGUUAAUUUUAGAAUACCAAUAUGUAAUACGUUCGCACAAAAAUUUUUGAUUAUCUACUACAAAUUUUAUUAUAUCUUUCUUACAAAUCUAGUUAAAUUGCAGGUUAACAAAAAAUUAACAAUAAAUGUAUAUUUUAUACACAUAUUUUUA